AUGAGGGUGGUAGGUAACCCAAGUUUAACAUCUGUAGAAGGUAGUGGGGAUGAUGACUGUAUUGUAGACCUGGAUCUUAGUGUCUUUCUGGAGAUAGCAAUGAAUAAAGACAUCACAAAGCAAUUUUCCAAAGGUGGUACUUGCUCAUUGGAUCCUGUGCUGGAUCUCCUCAUCAAUGUUCACUCUCGGAGAGACGUGGCAGUCAAGGUAGGGGAAGUGCUUGACUACCUCCAAGGUCUUUCCCUCUAUGGAUGGCAGCUCGGAGAGGUGCUACAAAAGCUAGGGAAAGCGGAUGAAACAAAAGAUGAACAGUUUGAGGAAUAUGUUCAAAACUUCAAACGGCAAGAGGCGGAGGGUUCCAGACUCCAGAGAGAACUACGAGGAUAUUUAGCUGCUAUCAAAGGCAUGCAGGAGGCCUCUAAGAAACUUACUGAGUCCCUUCAUGAAGUAUAUGAGCCAGAGUGGUAUGGCCGGGAAGAUGUGAAAAUGAUCGGAGAGAAAUGUGAUGAACUCUGGGAAGACUUUCAUCAAAAGUUGGUGGAUGGGUCAUUGCUGACUCUGGAUACAUACCUGGGACAGUUUCCCGAUAUAAAAACUCGCAUUGCAAAGCGAAGCAGAAAGCUAGUUGACUACGACAGUGCAAGACAUCACUUAGAAGCCUUGCAGAGCUCAAAGAAAAAAGAUGAAAGCAGAAUUACUAAGGCAGAGGAAGAGUUUCAAAAAGCACAGAAAGUGUUUGAAGAUUUUAACUCUGAUUUACAAGAGGAGCUGCCAUCUUUAUGGUCAAGACGAGUUGGCUUCUAUGUGAACACAUUCAAAAAUGUAUCCAGCCUUGAAGCCAAGUUUCACAAGGAAAUAGCUCUGCUAUGCCACAAAUUGUAUGAGGUGAUGACCAAAUUGGGAGAUCAGCAUGCAGACAAGGCCUUCACUAUCCAAGGAGCACCCAGCGACUCAGGUCCACUCCGCAUUGCAAAAACACCAUCACCGCCUGAGGAAGUCUCACCUCUUCCUAGUCCUACAGCUAGUCCUAAUCAUAUGCUGGCACCUGUUUCAUCACCAGCACCUGCCCGACCUAAAUCACCUUCACAGUUGAGGAAAGGACCUCCUGUCCCACCGCUGCCUAAACUCACACCCACAAAGGAGCUGCAGCAAGAAAAUAUCAUCAACUUCUUUGAUGACAACUUUGUUCCAGAAAUCAAUGUGACGACUCCUUCACAGAAUGAAAUUCCUGAAGCCAAGAAAGAGGAAUCUUUGCUAGAUCUGGAUUUUGAUCCUUUCAAGCCAGAAGUGAUAUCGGCGGUACCAACACAUUCCCCCAUGUCUCAGACAUUGCCCUGGGACCUGUGGACGACAAGCAGUGAACUGGUGCAACCGCCUGAUUCUUCAAAAAGUCUUUCCCUGUGUAACCUGGUCAUGGAGGAAAGCCCAAACAGUGGGUCAACAGAAGAUGUUAACCGAUCCCAAACUGAUCUAGGUUCACUCAACUGGGGCCUAGAUGUUAGCACGCCCAGUGUCAGCCAGGAAAUCACUUCAGGUGGUUCUUUCUCUUUCCCAGAAGAGGAACAGACUUCAAGAGAACCCAUUGACACACUAUCUACUACUGUUUGGCCUGCUGUAAGUGAGCAGGAGAAUGAUGAAGCAGGGUCAGCCUCCAUAGAAGAAAAUGAGAGGACUUCACUGGAGGCACAGUCGGAUGCUAGAAAUGUCACAUCGAAAGAUUUGAAAAUUGAUCAACCUUUAGAGAGCAAAAAUGGUUCUGAAAUACCUGAUGUGGGAACUGAUAGCUUGUUGGAUGAAUGUGAUUGUGAUGUGCAAGAGACAGAGGAUCAGAAGCAGGAAGAAGAAGAAGAGUCUAUGUGGGCAGGUGUGGAGCCAAGUGAAAAGGCAUCCAGCAGCGCAUUUAAUGGAUUUACACAGGAUACGUCUCUAUUUGCAAUGCAGCCAAAUGAGAAUGUGAUAGAUUCCUUGGUUGAGACGGAAGAAGCUCCAGCUGUAGAACCCAAGGCUGUGGAACCCAAGGCUGACGAAGCCCCAGCUCCUCCUGCUGCUGCCAUUCCUCCUGAAAAGGAAGCUCUCCCUGCUGAGCCUACUGAGCCAGCAGAGGAGGCUGUGGACAAUGUUGAGGCAGGGGAUGAGGAGACGACUGAAAUUGCUGAGAAAGAGAAAGAGAGUGAGAUGGUUACUCUCACCAAGAUUUCUGGCCCGGCUGAAGAAGCUGGUAUAACUGUUGUAACAGAAGCUGACGAAGGUGUUGUUGCACCUGAACCUGAAAUAGCUGAUGAAGGUGACAAAAAACCUCAUGAAGAAGAAGAAGAAAAGGAAACAGAAGUCUCUCAAGAAAAAGUCAGCAGCAUCCCUUCAGUAGUAAUAGAGCCAGCAUCAAACAAUGAAGGGGAGGGAGAAGAACAUGAAGUCAUAAUGAAUGAGUCCAAAGAUGUUGUGGAAGACAUUAGCACUCAGGGCACUGAAAGUCAUACUAGUGAAACUUCUGAAGUUGUAAGUGAGCAGAAAACCAUUGAGGAAACCCAGGCAACACCUUCUCCAGAAUUACCUGUAUCAGUAGAGGAUGCAGCCAGUGGAAUGCCACCUGGAUUUCUCUUUAAGGUUGAAGCUUUACAUGAUUUUGAGGCAGCUAAUAAUGAUGAGCUUAAUUUAAAACGAGGAGACGUAGUACUAGUAAUCUCUUCUGACACCACAGCUGACCAG